AUGUCUCGAGCCAUUAAAGCGGUUCUCCUCAUCUUUGGCUUAACCACUCUGCUGGGAAGCACCCAGGCUUACAUUUGGACUUACGACGAGAACUCACGGCGUUGUAACACGAGACCAGAGGCAGCGCACGGAGCUAGUCAGUCGUUUUUCGCAAUCUGGACCUGGGUCACGGAAUUACUGGUGUUCGGUGCUGUGCCUCUCACUGUUCUUGUGCUCAACAUUUUCGUCAUGAGAGAAGUUAGGAGAGUUUCUCUGAGUCACUCGGAAAGCCACGGAGCAUUUUGUCGCCCCAGUAAUGACUGCACGUCAACUGUGACGCUACUGUGGGUGUCCUUCUACCUCAUUUCCACCACUUUGCCAAGUACCAUCGUUUAUUCGCUGCCCAAUGCCUACUGGGUAGGGGAUGUCUGCAUGACGGACAAGGCAGUGGCCAGUGACCCAGUGUGGAACAGCUUCUUUAACUUUAUGACGCUUCGGAAGAUUGUAGAGGAAAUUUGCCUUUCGCACUACGCGUGCAACUUUCUUAUAUAUUCUGCCACAAGCAAACGUUUCUUGCGAGAAGUCAAAAGAUGCCUUUCCUGUAAGAAAAAUCAAAAAGAGUUUUCUGAUUAUAGCGCCAGAUUCGCUCUGGCAGACUCGAAGAAAGUCAUACCACAGAUAAAGAAAUGUAUGGUGUCCUCUAGAAAUUCGUCUUUGUCAAACAGUUCUACAGCUGUUUUGUAG